AUUCAGUCUUUGCAGCUCCGGUGUGUGUGAGAAAGACUUGUACGGGAAGAGGAGAAGAGACUGUAGACGCGAGGGAUCGAUUAAACGACGGGUAUUGUCAGGUGGCACAGAGCCUGUGAAGACCGACGCCGUGCACUUAAACCCGGGCUUUUUCCGCUGGAUUUGGAAACAUUUCUGUAACGGUGACCGUGUGUAUAGAGCUGAUAGAGGAUGUCUGGACAGAGCAUUACAGACAGGAUAACCGCCGCUCAGCACAGUGUCACCGGGUCGGCGAUAUCCAAGACUGUGUGCAAGGCGACCACGCACGAAAUAAUGGGGCCAAAAAAGAAACAUUUGGAUUACUUGAUUCAGUGCACAAAUGAGAUGAAUGUGAACAUCCCUCAGCUGGCUGACACACUGUUUGAGAGGACCACCAACACCAGCUGGGUGGUUGUCUUCAAGUCCCUCACCGCCACACACCAUCUGAUGGUCUACGGCAAUGAGAGGUUUAUACAGUAUCUGGCUUCAAGGAACACACUUUUCAACCUCAGCAAUUUUUUGGACAAAAGUGGCCUACAAGGCUAUGACAUGUCGACAUUUAUAAGAAGGUAUAGCCGCUACCUGAAUGAGAAGGCUGUGUCCUACAGACAAGUCGCUUUUGACUUCACUAAAGUGAAAAGAGGGUCUGACGGAGUGAUGAGAACUGUGAACACAGAGAAACUCCUCAAGACCAUACCUAUCAUCCAAAAUCAGAUGGACGUGUUACUUGACUUUAAUGUCAACGCCAACGAACUGACAAACGGUGUGAUCAAUGCAGCCUUCAUGCUUCUGUUCAAAGAUGCAAUCCGACUGUUUGCAGCAUACAAUGAGGGCAUAAUCAACCUCCUGGAGAAAUACUUUGAUAUGAAGAAAGUCCAGUGCAAAGAAGGACUUGACAUCUAUAAGAAAUUCCUUACACGAAUGACAAGAAUCUCAGAGUUCCUCAAAGUUGCAGAGCAAGUGGGAAUUGAUCGAGGGGACAUCCCAGAUCUGUCUCAGGCCCCCAGCAGCCUGUUGGAUGCCCUGGAGCAGCACUUGGCUUCUUUAGAGGGGAAAAAAGUCAAAGACUCAACAGCAGCCAGCAGGGCUAGCACCCUCUCCAGUGCGGUCUCCUCCCUAGCCAACACCGGUAUAUCUUUCACCAGAGUGGACGAGAGGGAAAAACAGGCUGCCCUGGAAGAAGAGCAGGCUCGCCUAAAAGCACUAAAAGAGCAGCGUCUGAAAGAGCUUCAGAAGAAUCCUGCUACAGCGACCACAGACUCCUCCCCUGUCUCCACGGUGGGCGGGACCAUCAACUCAGCCCCCGCCAUUGACCUCUUCUCUACCCCCAGCUCUACCAACAGCAACUCCAAGGCAGCCAACGACCUGCUGGACCUGCAACCGGCCUUCCAGCAGCCGCUGCCCCUCUCCACCACUAACACAUGGGGAGAUCCUUUCACCUCUGCUGCAGAAGCUGUGGAGGAAUCCAUUCCAAACUCAAACCCUUUCCUCACACUACCUGUUGUCGACACGUCCGCCGCGUCCUCAGACGCUGGCAGCCUGUCCUCUAGGACACCAAGCCAUGAAGUGUUCGAUCAUUACAAUCCCUUUUUUGACUCAAGCUCUUCCCUGGCAUCUGAUCUUGAUGCUGCUGCACAUAUAGAGACAUUUAUCACAGACUCCUUCUGUGGGCCAAGCCCUUACAACACCACUCCUCUCUUCCAAUCUGAGCCCCCUGCCGUAGCUGGUCUAUUCAGAGGGUUUACAGCCUCCCCAACGCCCCAGCAGCCACAGAACUCUCAAGGCCUUAACGUCGACUUUGACUCAGUAUUUGGCAACAACACCAAUGCCAACAACCUGGACUCUACAGAUGUUUUAGGUGGCAUCCUCAAACCGACAGUGGCAUCCUCACCCAAUCAGGAUAUGACCCCAAAUGGCCAACAGCCCCACAAACUGGUGUCCAACGACCUGGACUCGUCUCUGGCCAAUCUUGUUGGCAAUCUGGGAAUCGGCAACGGUGCACCAAAGAAUGAUCUUCACUGGAGUCAGCCUGGUGAGAAGAAGCUAACAGGUGGAACUAACUGGCAACCCAAGACUGCUCCUUCCACCACCUGGAACCCUGCAACCAUGGUGUCACCUCAGGCACCAUCUGUCAUGGCCUUCCCUGCAACCACACCGACGGGCAUGAUGGCAUAUGCAAUGCCUCCUCACAUGGGCUCCAUGAUGAUGACACAGCCCACUAUGAUGUACACCCAGCCUGUGAUGAGGCCAGCCAACCCCUUCGGCCCCAAUCCAGGUGCACAGAUGCAGUUUAUGUAACCUGCGGGACCAGGGAGAGUCUUUCCCGUUUGAAGACGAUUCACGACAAAGUCAGCUAUCCAAGCAAACCUGCAGUUUGCUCCUAACGAACUCACCUCUCUCUGAGAACGAAAGGCCCAAAUAAGACUUGUUGAAUAAAAUCACGGCGACCGGGAGCCGCUUCGGCAACCUCUGAUAGGCAUCACAGUGGACAUUGUGCCCGUCUAGUCAUGUCUAGGUCAUAGAAGGAGAAGAGUGCGUGCUGCCAUUCUACAAUCACGUGGAUGGGGAUCAGCCCCUACUGUAACCUGGACUAAGAGAAACACAGCAACCCGAUGGGAGAGCUUUCUAACAUCACUGUUUAUGUACCUGGGUUGUUGUCAUUGUUUUUUUUUGUUCCUCUUUCUCCAGGUGAGGCUGUGAGAGUCACUUCUUUUUCAUUAUCAAUCACAAUUACCGUCUUAAAGCAUCCCCAGAUUAGGAAAACAUUUGCAAACACUUCUUCAUACUACACUUUUGUUUUCUUUAUUUUUUACGUAUUGUUUGCAGUAGACAUUCCUUGUGUAUUGUUUGUAUUUAUUUAUGAUUACCUACAGAGGAUGACAUUUAAAAAGAAAUGUAACUAGUCACUGGCCUACUCAUUGCGGAAGGUCUUCAGGUUUAUACAUAGGUAUGAUUGAUUGUAGAAUUGGAUUUUGAGUGAUUGAGAUGAUUUUUAAAAAAAAAGUUAAUAUAAAGUUUAAAGAGAUGACACGUUUUGCUGUUGGGGCACUAAAUAUUCUCUGUACUCGGAUGAUGCCUUGUGCUGUUAGCUGUGGCUCUGGGGGGGGGGGUCACACUGAGGAUGUGUGUGAACGUAAUAAUUCAUAACAAAUAGGCAGGGGUCGAUUUCUGUGAAUUUGGAGCAGGAACAUUUUUCACAUCAGCAAAAAAAAAGCACUACAUUUUGUGAUUGAGGCGGCAUUGCAUUGGAAAGGAAUCUGCAUUUAUGCUUCUGACGCUUCUGGCAUGCCAUUUAUUCUUACAUUUAACAAAGCUGCUGGCUGCCCUUCGCCAACGUGAAUGUGCGGGGGUCCCUUUCAUGCUCAGAUCAUGUUUCCUUAGGCGAGCACAUGGAAGGGGGUGGGGGCACAGGGAGGAGGCAUCGGGUGUAGGUUCAGGUCAGACCGGUAACAUAGGGGUCGGGGUGGGCGGGGGAGUCUAGUUGUGCAGGAGAAUGGAGCACUGUUGAUCGGUGUUUUGUGUAUAUAAAACUAAUCCUGCCAGUCACAGGAAUGGGUGGGUGCAGGUAUGAAAGAUGGUCUGAACAUAAAAGCGGCCCUUAAUUCAUUAACUGAGCAUAUUUUCUGCAUCGUCCCUGCAGAUUAUAUUUUUGUUUGUUUGAUUUUUCCAAUAAAGUGCAAGCUUCCACACUU